AAUAGACAGUAGAGUUUAACUUUCUCUCUUUUCUCUUGUUUUUCUGUCAGAAUAAUUUUCACUUUGUUUGGGUUAAUCUCUCUCACUUUCUCUCUCUUUCUAUUUUUAUGUUUUCUUUUUUUCUACUCUCUCACAACAAGUACUUAAUUGUUCCCUGGCUAAUUAACACUUACACGAUUGAUCAAUCAAGGUAUUAACCACAAAGUAAUUUGUUUACUUAUUUGCUCGUCUCUCUUUUUCUCUCUCUCUCUCUCUGUGUCUCUCUAAUUAUCUUCCUCUAUGGUUCCUCGUCUUCUUAAUUUUUUAGAUUGGUGAUUAUAAUUGUUUAGAUGCAAAGGUAAUUCAAGCAUCAGAUGUGAUUAUCAAAAGUUAAUCAAGCAAGGUCAAGUUGGUUUUGAUUACUUUGUCAUUUUAAUUGGGUUGGGAAAAGAGCAAUUAUUGUACAAAUUACAGGUAAUUAAUUGAAAGAAAACCACCUCAAUAAUGAUGAUUAUGGUCUAAGAACUGACCAUAUAUCUCAUGUUAAAAGAUGGAAUAAGCUAUAAACAAGAAUCCAUAUGUGAUUAGGAUUGUUGUUUUGUGACAAAUACACAACUUCAAGUGUACAAAAAAAAUAGAAGAAACUUAUUUUGAUGACAUCCCGCCUCAAUCAUCGUAUUAUCCUCUUAAUCCUUUUCUAUCAAUCAACAUCAUCAUCCAGUUAAAACUGCAACAUCAUCAAAUCAUUAAGCUAUUACAAAACUCUGUAUUUCUUUUGAUUUACUUAAUUUGGUUACGAGAUUUACAAACAAACACUCACAUAUAUUUGGAAUAUAUUACCUAGAUAUCAAUUACUAUUAUACACCAGUUGCUGUUUUUUUUGUACAAAAGCUAAUUAUCCAAAGAUUGGUUCCAUUUCUUUUACUUUUGUUUCUCUUACUCAUCCCUGAGUAAAGGAGUGAAAGUUUAUUGCCGUUUGGUAGCUAUUUCUACAUCACAGUAUAUAUAUAACCCACGAACACUUAUAUACUCAAGAUUUAUACAUAUUAACUAUCUACCUGAAAACGAAAACGAAAACCAUGAAAGUCCAGCCAAUCGUAGAAACCGAUCAACCUAAUGGGCACCUUGAAAAAGAUGCAUCGAUACCUCCUUCAUCUCUUCCUAUUUCUACUUCUUCACAAUUAAUACAACCACUAGUACUGACACAAUCAACGACUACAUCAUUAUCAUCAUCAUCAUCUCCCUCACCUCCUCCUCUAUCAACAACACCUUCAAAUAUGUUGUUGUCACAAGCCUCUCAAAUGUCAUCACAACGUGACUCUGAUGAGGUUAAUCAAAGCGAAAAACCGACAAGACAAGACCAUCAAGCCUUUUUGGAGAGAAAUAAAAUGGAUAAACUAUUUGACUGUCUUCGUAAAGUGGGCUCAGCGAUUCAAGAACUUGUCGAAGAAGGUACCGAAAGCGCUAGCACUUUCAACUCUUCUGCAUAUAAUUCACCACCAUCCUAUCGAUCAAAAGAAGAAGUGCCUCCAUUAUCAAAUCAUCUGCCUCAUCAUUCAAAAGUAACUAAAGACUUUGGAUGCCAAAAAAAUGGUUCAGUUAGUUAUGUUCACCGAUCCGUGGGUGACAGAAAUCCUGUCAUUCGAACAAUGGAAGAAUAUGAAGCACUUGAAUCGUCGGACCAACGUCGCUACCUAAUAAGUCAACUAGAUGCCUACAGUAGACAAUAUUUCAAAAUGAUCGAAGAUAAAGAACGUCGAAGACGUAAAUUGUGCCAUCUACAAUCAGAAUUUAUAUCACUUAUGUUACCACAAUUUUCCAUAAUUCACAGUAUUAUGGCCGAGGGACUACGUAAUGAGUGGCAAAAUAAGCUUAAGAUUAUCGAUGAAUUGACUCGAACAUUAAGUGAUUGUGACGAAAGACUGACAUUAAAUAACGAAGGAUAUUCUAUGCGCGAUCAAUCAAUCUCAGGGAUCAAUUUAUCUCUAAUAAAUCAUCAACAUCAUCUUCAAUCUCAUCAUUCGUUUCUUCAAAAACAACAACGGACAAUAGCCAAUAAUGGUGAAGGUGAUAAUGAAGAUGAAUACGAAAAUGAGGAAGAUGAAACAUUCGAUCAUGAAGAACUAUCAUCUCGCAAUCAUCAACAUCAUAACAAUUUGUAUAAUGGAAAUCUAGCCGUCGAUCCUAGUCAUCAUGAAAUUGGCGGCAUCAGUGCUGUCGGUGAAGAGAUGAAUAGUUCAGCUGAACAAUUACGUCUGGCAACUGAACGUUUCGCCCAAUUAACCAAAAGAAACGUUGAAGAUGCACAUAUUGAAGAUGGUUCUGGACUGCCUGUUGAUUUAACAACCGAUUCAGAAAUUGUUAAUCAAUUUGCUCGUUUCUGUGAUGCUUCAGUUUCAAAGAGACAAUAUAGUCGUAAACCACCAGCCCCUCCCGUACCACCCUCAUCAAAAUAUGUUAACAACAUUGUCACCAACAAUGGAAACAGUGAUCCCGCCUCACCUAAACCAACUGGUCUCCAUAAAUACAAAAUUUGUCUCUUCCGUGAUGGUGGUUACCGAUGUUACUACAUAGGUAAAGAUCGUUCGUGUAACAUGAGGCAACAUUGGCUUCACAGGCACGGAGUAGAUAACCCACCGGAACAUUUUUACGCUCGAAAAGAUUUAUCCGACACUGAGGUUCAAAAAUACAAACUAAAGUACGAAGUUCAAAAGAGCAAUUUCCCUAAAAAUCGCGAUCCUCUAGUGUCCACAAUCUUCCACCAACAAUCGCCCGCUAAAAGAGCAAAAUUAUCACCCACUCAACAGGAAAACACUCCACAAGCUUAAACUUAUUUUCUAUUUCGCCAAUUAUUUUUUUCUUUUCUCUCUCUCUUUCUUUCUUUCUCACUCUCACUCUUCGCUUAAAUCACUUAAUUCAUUUUUUUUUCUUUCUAACCUUUUGGUUUAUCGCCAUCAUUUCUUCAGAUGAUUUCAUCAAUUUUUUUUUGUUUUCCCGGCCAUUUGCAUAUAUUUAAAAAUAAGAAAAAGUGAGAAAGAGUGAGAGAGAGAAAGAGAAAGAGAGAAAAAAGUUACCUCACAAAAUGACAAAGAAAUUCAAAGAAAUGGUAUCAAAAAUCAUUUGUAAACAAAAUCAAUCAAUUAUAUUAUAUAAUUAUUACUACAUAA